AUGUCAGCGAGAGUUGUACGAUCUUUCUAUCGGAUUCUUUUUCGAACGGCCAAGCAGCAUGACAAGAACCCGGGAAUCAAAGCUCUGCUCAUCGCCACCCCUGGAAGAUUUUAUGAUCAUCGGACCAAAUCUUGGAAGCCUUCAGAGGACAAGGUUGCGACCAAGGAGCAAAGGUUUAUGGAGCCUUACGUGAGGAAGAUGAAUGGUGGAGGAACCUUCUACCUGCCAGAGGUCAAGGCAGUCCACGUCAUCCGUGAAGCCUUCCGAUCUCCGUUGGAUGGCAAUACCAACAAGGACCUUCUAUUCGAUGCUGCUACCAGCGCGAUUAAAGUCCUAGAGAGAAACCUUGCAAAGGCGCGAGAGCUCGGGAUUUUCGACAAUGUUCCCUCGAGUGCUGGGCAGAAGUACAAUAUCAAGGUUGCAAAGGAAGGCUCAUUCGAACGAGGACAGUUUCUGCUGGCCCAUCCGCUCUUGUCAUUUAGUCUCAACAGGGGGAUCCUGAUCAUCCUGAAGCACGAGGAGGCGGAUGGAACUCUGGGAGUGAUGGUGAAUCGGAAAACGAAACUGAAGGUGAAGCGAGGUCUGCGCGAAUUUGCUGAUUGCCCAGUGUACAAAGGAGGAGUAUGGAGCACCUCGCAGAGGAGGACGAAGCUAUCUGACCUGCUGUUGACAGGGAAUGUCGUCGAAUUUCAUUUCUAUACUGCAUCCGCAUGGCGACUUGGAGGGUUCGUGCAAGAGUCCCCCUCCUCUCUUGCGACCAAGAGAGAUACCUCUGAGACUGGAUUUAUUAAGAUCUUGGAUGGAGUCUACUGGCAGUGCGACCUGGACGCUGCGUCCGAGAAAGUAAGACGAGGGGAGGCCAAGACCUCGGACUUCAAGUUCAUCAUGGGCUUUGCCGGCUGGGGUCCAAGACAGCUACAGGGAGAGCUGGAGAAUCAUGGUUGGCUGCUUGCAGAGGCUGGGGACGCUGGCAAAGUUGCGAGCAAUGGCGACGAAGAAAUGCUCUCAGCAAGCGACUUGGUCUACUGCGAUUGCCUCUGCAGCGCUGAACUUCUUGAAGACUUCGAGCCUGAUGUUUUCAAGGAGACUUGCGACGAGAGCGCCAACAAGGAACGAGAACGCCAGCAUCGCUUCGCUUCCAGUCUUGUAGUCGUCGCUGCCAUGUUGACCAGCCCAGGAUAA